AUGACCACUAAAAUUUCCGGAGAUACCUACGGUGCAGGAACCACUGUCGACACGGAAUUCAGUCCACUUCCUGUUGAGUGUCAAAGACUACUACGCCUCUUUGCUGCAAGAACACCCGGUUUCACCAAAGAUGAAGCUCUACUCAGCGGAGUAAGCUUCCAUGGUGAUGAUCUGCCCUGCAUCCCAGGACCAAUCAAAUCCCAAGCCGUCACAGCAGUUCUACAUGCAAUGGUCGGUAUAGUCGGCCUCGAAAUCCUUCACCUUCGCGGGAUCACCACCAGCAACGAAGUAGAUAUCGACGUCAAUCACGCAGGUCUUUACCCCACUACCGCAGCACUUGUCAAUAUCGAUGGCGUCACAGGCCCAGAGGUCAUCAAAUUGCCGACGGUGCCUCAGUGGGAUAAAGACCGUGCUUCCAACUCGCCUCUUGUGUACCGUGCGACAGCUAUUUACGAGACUGCUGAUAAGGGCGUGUGGUUCCAGCUUCACGGGUCGCUUGAUUCGUGGAAGAUGCUGGCCCUUAUCGGGAUCAGUAAAGAUCUCGAUAGCGAGAUCCGUACUAACGAUGCAGCAUACGAGCUCAUCCAGGAGCGUGUCCGCACAUAUCGCGCCAGAGAAAUCGAGCAGCUCAUGGUAGAGAAUGGUCUCUCGGGUUCAGUCGUUUACUCGCCCGGAGGAUGGCGUCAGACUGAGAUGGGCAAGUCUCUCUCACGACAUCCGCUCGUCAAUUACAAGAAACAGGCACAGUGUCCAGCACUUCCCCCUGUCUCUUUGCCCGUAAUGGAGGAUAAGAGACCUCUUGCUGGUAUCAAAGUCGUCGAGUUGACUCGCAUCAUAGCUGGUGCAGCUGCUGGCGCCGCUCUUGCAUCCCUAGGUGCUGAAGUCAUCCGUGUCAACUCAUCCAAGCUGAAAGACUAUACGCCAGCCCAACCUUCCUCCCUCAUGGCUGGCAAGACAACCAUCGAUUUGGAUCUUGAAGACCCGGCUGACCAUCAAAGGCUGAUUCAACUAUUUGAACAAGCCGACGUCAUCUUGCAGGGUUACAGGUUAGGAUCGUUGGCUCGAAGAGGCUUCGGUCUUAAGGCGGCACUCGAAUUGGCAAACAAAAGAGGCAAGGGAAUCGUCUACGUCGAUGAGAACUGCUAUGGUCCUGAUGGAUACUAUGCUGAGCGGCCUGGAUGGCAACAAGUUGCAGACGCCGCAGGUGGGAGCUCAUAUGUCAUGGGUCAGUCAUUCGGCUGUCCUGAGGGUCAGGGUGUGCUACCCAGUCUUCCCAUCUCAGAUAUGUCGACUGGAAUCCUGACUGCUCUAACCAUUAUGUGUGGCAUUCGAGACCGAACCAAGUUUGGAGGCUCAUAUCGUGGCCACGCUUCACUUACAGCUUACAACAUGGCGACUCUGGAUCCCGAAGUCCGGCUGUAUCAAAGGGAGCUGGUUCAGAAGAUCAACGACAGGUAUCAGUUCCCAACGUGGUCCAGCGACAUCCACGUUGCGCCUCUGUACUAUUCAAUCUUGGAGGCUUGGGAUAAGAAUAGCGAUCUGAUCAAGGAUGAGAAGUAUUAUGUACACUUCUCGGACUCUGUGUUUGGGUCUGACUUGCGUGUUCUUGGACCCGUCGUGGAGUAUGACAAAGAAGAGUACUCGCCAAAGUGGAACAUUCCGCCUGUGCCAUUCUGCCAUCAUAAGUUCAGACUUUUCUCAGAACAAUGA